AUGACGAGACUGACUGAUGUUUGUGCUUUGCCGUCAAGUUCAAGCGGUCAAACGUCGCAUAUUCAUUUAAUCAUUAAUUAUUUCACAUUAGGAUGUAAACACGGCAAACAAUUACUUCGCAAAUACCAUAAACGCACCCUUAGAUUAUUUACACAUAAAUAUAAUCUAAGUACGCACCUAAUACAGGCAAUAUUUGUUUAUGAGACAGCUACGUUCUAUUUGUUUGAUGUGAUUGUACAGGAGGAAUAUCUUUGGCAA